GUUAUCAAACUAAACACUCAUUGUUUAUCGAUACAUCCUAAAGUGCUUGAACAAAGAUUAAAUUAUCUGUUUAUUAUUGUACUUUAUACUUUGUAUAAAUGGCGGUCAAUCCUAACUGUUAUUUUUGAGAAACACCAUGCUGAUAUUCUCUCGAGCCUUUGAUUUUAUCUAUGACGUCAGUUGAUAGUACUUAUCUGUACUUACAUGGCAAAAUUCCAAUUGAUUUAUUGGACAUGCCUUGUUGUUUUUAUCCGAAUUGAAGUAUUAGGAGACACAGAAUCAAGGCAAAACAUUGAUUUUUUCCGUUGUGUCUACCUUUAUCGUGAGAAGAUUGCCUGUGAGUGGCAGGCCGAUUCGACAUGUUCCAGCUGGACAUUUACUUACAGUCUAGAGAAUUCCGUAUAUCACAAUACUUCAACACCUAUCCACAAUUACAACUGUACGGACUUGGUGUCAACGGCUUACUGUACACAGAUAGUAGAAACAACAAACUGUUUAGAUGGUAAUGGGCUUUGUCUAAAUGAUGACAAAUCGUAUGAAUUCGGCUUGUCGGGGAAGUGUGAGAAUAACACUUUGGCUACAGGAAAGUUUGUGGUUCCUCUCAAUGAUACCUACGCUAAAAUGGAACCGGUUGAAGACAUUUUCGUUUUUCCAACAUCGAACACAUUUACAAUUGGAUGGAAAUUCAACAAACCACUCAAUAUGUAUGGCAGUCCCGAAUACGUUUGUCAGUUGAAUGUAGUGUCUCGAACUCAGUCAUAUAAUAUAACAUUUAACACAUUACACCAAACAGUGGCUACUAAUAUAUCUGUGGUGAUGCCUGGAACAUCUUACACAUUUAGAAUUAAAUGUCGCCCAGAGAUGUCUAUCGUUUGGAGCGAGGAAUCUGAAAUCCAAACUACCUCUAAAUAUACAGUUCCUCUAACUGGGCCACUACUAACUUCCGGUGGAUUUGUCCAGAAGAAAGAAAAUCUGUACAUCUAUUUCAAGGAACCAGAAAAGUAUAAGGCACAGGGAAAUAUAUCAAAUGUACAGUUGACCUUACAAAGUUCCACCUCGAAUGAUACCAUGACCACCACUGUUCAUGAUACAAACACAGCUGAUAUAAAGACUUGUUGGGCAUCUGGACAUGCUGGAUUUAGACUAAUUGCAGUAGCAAAGAACCAAAUAGGAUGGUCUCACAAUAUUACAGAAAUUGUUUUCUAUCCAGAUAGUGAUGUUCCUAGACCAUCGUAUGUCAUUGUGGAGGUCAACAAAGCAAUGAACUCCUUUACUAUUAGUUAUGAGGGUGAUAUCAGUCCAUCAAAUAUAACAUACAUCUGGUGCCUUGGGCAUAUAGACCAGCAGUCUGGAGUUGUUAUGUGUGAGGAAGAUGUUAACUGGAAAUACUCUACAAAUGAAAAGUUUACUGGAAUACUGGAUAGUCACUUCAGUAGACGUUGGCAUUUUGGAAUGUCUAUUUCAACGAACAAAAAAGAUUCUGGCAUCGAAUGGGAAAAUUGUAUAUUUCACCAGACAGAAAGGGAUAAUAGAAAUUUAAAACCGACAAUUAACAAAAUUGGUACCACUUUUAUCGUACUAAUGAUUCCAAGAAGUUUCUGUCAGUCAAAUGGAUACAGACCAUUACAGUACUCUGUUCAGUACGGACUUUUAAAUAACCAUGUGACAAACAAAACAACAAGAAAAGCUUCCAGUACAAGAAACAACAUAACAAUUGAUGGACUGAAGUCAAAUACUGUCUAUAAACUGGUCUACACCACAGAUUAUAUUCACGGAACAAAUCUUCCAGUUUCUUUCACUGUGACAACAUUAACAGAAACGAAGGACUCAGCGGUAUCGAAUAGCGUUGUUAUCUUGGUAACAUGUCUUGCUGUAGGUCUUGUGGGAUGUGUACUUUUAGCGGUCAGAUUUAAAGAUAAAUUAAAAGACAUCUUCAAAUGUUUGUGUUAUAAACCUGACAUAGAACCACCAACGAUACCCAUCAAUUCCAUUUCCAGACAGGAACUAGAAGAAAGCAAUGAUAAAGUGGAUGGGGAUGAAAAUGACAAUAUGCCUGAAAAUAACGGCUACGUUAAAGUACAUGUAUUUGGUACAACGAAUAGUAAUCAUUCCAAUAGUUCAGGCAUGUUUGAUGAUGCUUCAAAUUCAGCAUGCCCUUUGCUUGAAACAUCAAUGGGAAAUUGUUUGCAUUCUCAAAACAAAUUGGAAAGCACUUCUGUUCCUGUAAAUGAGUGUCAUUCAGAUCCGAUAGUCGAAGAAGACCAGACGAGAGAUAUGAAUGAAUGCCUUGUACAUUCUGUUGAUUCAUAUGUUCAGAGCGACGUCUUUGAAGUGCCUAGUGUACUGCAGGAAAACUCAGAUACUAGGUGUGUUGUUCAGGUAAGAUGCUGUCAACAGGUAAAUGAUGAAAAUAUUGACCAAGAGGCAGGCCGAAAUUGCAAAGUUCAGGAAACUUCAUUUUAUUCGGAAGACUAUAUACAACUUAAUUUAACACAUGACUGCUCGGGGAAUUUAGAACAUGAUUAUCCUCAUAUAGAGAGAAGCACUAACCAAAAUGAUGAAGUUUAUGUAUUGAAAAAUCAUACAGAUCAUAUUUGUAAUCAGCAGGGUAUGGACCAUGCUACCCUUUAUGUGCGUGCAGAAGAUUUGCAUAUUGAAAAUUUUCCAAACCAGCAAGAUGUUAAUAAUGCCUCUUCGUACUUCCGACCAGAAGACUUGCAAAAUGUGGAUUCUUUCUCUAAGUGUGUCCACGCAGAACAUUUUCAGAAGAACCUUUCUCAACAAAAUGUGGAUGAUGUUUUAUACUCCCGUACAGAAUUAUUGCCGAACAAUCAACACAUUCAGGAUUCGUCUUCUGUGCAGGAGAUAAAGGCGAAUGAAUCCAAUGACGUUUCAUCAGAAUCGCUCAAUCAUCCCUCUCAACCAACGGACGACAGUAGCUCAUUACACGAUCAAACUGAUUCAGGCUUUCAGUCAAAUUCCGGGUACAUUUCACAUGAGAAAUUAAACGACCUCGACUAA